AUGGCUAUCAAAACAAAGUCGAAAGCAGUGCUUCCAACUUUAGCUAUCUCAUUCAGUUUCCCAGAUCCUUCGAAUGCUUUGCCGCCUCCACACAAUCAUAUACCAAGGUUCUUCCACCAACAUGGUGUGCGAGGUGUACUAAGGAUAGAUGUUCCAGCGACUCAACUAUGCGAUACUGUCAAGAUUACUCUACAAGGACAACCUAUUAGCAAGAUCGGUUCUAGCCAGUCCGUAAACGGUAUGGUUACCAUGGCUGUGGCGGACUCCCAAUACCGAGAAGAUACAUUUUUAGAGUUGACAGAUGUCCAUCACCUUGAACAUGCUGCAAUCUUUAAGAAACGCUUGUCCUACCAGACACCAUUCUACUUUGAGAUCCCAACUGAUUCCGAUCCUGGACACGAUCUUUUCAAAUUCAAUCAGUUUGGACUUCCGCCAUCGCUACAUGCCGCAAGCUCACCCUACGUCAGUCUGCACAACGGGACCUGGGCUUCUGUGGACAUUGUCUACAAACUAAAGCCUUAUGCAUUCCGCGACGACGUCUUGGUAUUUACAGGAUCUCAACUCAUUCAGCUUGUUCCAUGUGUCUCUUCGAUACCUCCGCCCAUUGCUUUCGAUGUUUUUAACAGUGAAUACGCAAUGACGCGUCUGCAAGCUCCCAAGAAGAUGUUUAGCAAGGGUGAUACACUGGAAGUCAGCUUGAGCGAACCCACACCGCUGUUACUUCGAGAUGACGCAGUGCCUCAAUAA